UCAUAGGGUGAAGAGAGAGAACCUGUGAAUAGGUGGUGUAGGCGAGGUUAUAGCGAGCACAGUCGCAGCGUUGUCGUAGGUUCGAAUCAAAGUUGGAUCGGGAUUCCGACAGCCCUGACCUACGUUUUUUUCCCUUCCGAUUUCCGAAAAAAAAAGUUUGAUUUCCAAGUUCCGACUUGUGAGCCAGUUCCCAUUUCUGGCUCUUCCGAUUUCCGACACCUCUGACUGUUCUGAUCCUCCUCUGGUUCGGAUUUCGGAAAUUAAAAUAGAAUUUUUUUAAAAGUGUCUAUCUGGGUAAAUCAUGCCUCAAUGCGAGACUAUUUCAAGCUUCAAAAGAGACUGGAUUGGGAGUGUCGUAAGAGAAUCGAGAGACCUCGUCUCGGCUCGGAAAAAGUAGUCCCAGAAUCAAAAGAAAGGACAAGCUUUUGGGAAUUACAACAAACAAAAAUAGCAGCAUAUGUUGAAGAAGUAUUAUCACCACAUUUUUCUCCUCUUAUACAAUUUGUAAAUGAAUGUGAACCUUUAAUUGAAUCAAAUCAUUCACAAUUAUUAGCUAGAUAUACAGUAAAAGUUGUACAAAUUGUAAGAACAUUUAGUGCUGAAUGGAGACGUUCUGUUGAAGCUAUAAACAAUGAAAUACUUCAUUCUUUUACAAACUUGAAAAAUGCUGCUAAUAUAUUACAGGUAUAUAAAAAUAUAAACUUGAGAUUACAAACUUAA